AUGGUGGCGGAAAAUGGCAUGUCCACAUACGUUUUUGUAUACCGGGCUCUGCUUUAUCUGUUUGGUUCCCUGUCGAUGAUACUUUAUUUUCGAGUUAUCUGGAUUGUCACAACAGAACGUCGACGUAAUCCACUGUUUCGAAAUUUCUUCUUUAAAAUAUUCCUUGUUGAGGCUGUAACCGAUAUACUCGCAUUCCUGAUUGUGUUCUUUUUGGCAUUUGUGCGCAAAUAUCGCCUAAUUAGGGCAGUAGACCAGUACUGCCAGGUGCACCACACCGGUAUUGUACCAACAUUCACUGUGUUUAUGAUUACGAGCACACGUGGAACUCUUUAUUUCGGGCCACUCUGGUUUGCGCUCAAUCGGUUGACCACAUUUGCCGGCAAAUUUGGUAAAAAGGUAGGCCUUGCCAAGAAGAAUCAUCCGGUUGCAAUCGAUCGUCUACAUGCAGCUAACUGA